AGAAACGGUGUAGCAUUCAAUUAUUUUUUCAAAUAAUACAAGAUCAAUUUCACGUGAAGAUGGCCUUCGGGAUUCAACAAAAACCUGCUGCAGGAAAAUCUGGAUCUCAUAGACCUCAUUCCUGGAGGCCAUCCACCACAGUCACUCAACUGUUAUGCACUUUGACUGUCUUACUUUUGACACUGGACUGCAUUGAAGGGGGCCACUUCUACACAGUGAACAGGCAAAAAGCGCUCCAGAGAUUUGGCAAACGUUGGUCAUCAAUGUCCAAUGAAGCAACUGGUCCAUGG